AUGACGGAGCACCACACCCACGAGGACAGCAACGAGACCCGAGCAGCACACCAAGCCGCUGAACAGCAACGCCAGAAGCAACUCGGUCUCCAAAGCACACUUGAGCGCUGCGCCACGGCAGACGACAAUGACCAUGACCAAAGGCCACCGCUCAGUAGUGUCCGGUCGCACAUCUCAUCCCAUCAUGACAUGGCAAUAUGUCCUACCGUAACGACAUCAACCACUCAUGUCGAGAUCAACGCUGCGCAGUAUGAGAGGUUCUCCACGAGGCGGAAGCACGCUAUUACUGCCAUCCUGUCCCUGUGCGGCUUCCUUGCUCCAAUCAGCUCGACAGCUAUCCUGGCCGCCAUUCCAGAAGUAGCAGAGACUUACAAGACCUCUGGCUCGAUCAUUAACUUGAGCAAUGCGCUCUACAUGAUUUUCAUGGGGCUGAGUCCGGCAUUUUGGGGCCCAAUCUCCAGCAUAUAUGGGCGAAGGUGGCCGGCGAUCAUCUCAGCCGUGCUGUUCACCGCUUUCAGUAUCGCAACAGCCGUUGCGCCGAAUCUGGCGUCCUUCUUCAUAUUCCGGAUGUUGACAGCUUAUCAAGGUACAAGCUUUCUCAUCAUUGGGUCGGCUUGUAUCAGCGACAUAUACACACCCGUCGAAAGGGGGACGGCACUUGGAUUAUUCCUCAGCGGAACCUUGAUUGGUCCAACAGUCGGUCCGUUUACUGGUGGCAUCAUCGUAACAUUUCGAAGCUGGAGAGUCAUCUUCUGGCUCCAGACUGCUUUGGGAGCAUUUGCAACGAUCCUGGUCAUCUUCUUCCUUCCGGAAACGAUUCCAGUAAAGAAGAUUGAGGAGCUCAGUGAACUUCCUCGCGUCCAGCGACUGAAGCGGAUUGCACAUUGGACUUCGCCCUUCCGCGUCGCUGUGAUGCUCUUCACGUACCCCAACCUAUUCAUUGUUGGCAUUGCUUCCAGCAGUCUUGUCUGGAACAUGUACUCUCUGUUGACGCCUAUACGAUACGUCCUCAACCCCCGAUUCCAUCUCACUUCGCCGAUUCAAUCUGGCCUGUUCUACAUCGCGCCAGGUUGCGGGUACCUUUUGGGAACAUUCUUCGGCGGUCGCUGGGCCGACUUCAUCGUCAAAAAGCACAUCAAGCUGAAAGGUCGACGCGUGCCUGAAGAUCGCCUGAGAAGCUGUUGGGCAUUCAUGGGCAUCGCCAUCCCGGCUUGCAUGUUGAUUUACGGCUGGGGCGUGGAAAAGGCGGUCGGUGGCAUUCCCCUGCCAGUGGCGGCUAUGUUUGUGCAAGGAGUCGCUCAAUUGUUCUGCUUCCCGAGUCUUAACACCUACUGCCUCGACGUAAUGCAAGCCAAAGGUCUCUCGGCGGAAGUGGUCGCAGGAAACUACAUGUUUAGAUACAUCUUUGCGGCGGCUGGCUCGGCGGUAGUGUUGCCGGCAGUGGAAAGCAUCGGAGUGGGGUGGUUUUCAACUAUCAGCGCUGGGUUCCUGGUGGUCAGUGCUGCCAGUGUAUGGGCAACUACUGUCUGGGGAGAAGGUUGGCGGAGGGCCGUGGACCAGCGGAAGAGGGAGAAGCGGAAACAGAAAGAGCAGGCUGAACUUGCGGCAAGGAGUGAUGGAGAGAAAGUCUGA